AUGGAGAGCCCCAAUCAGACCACUGCUCAGGAGUUUAUCUUCUCAGCUUUCCCUUAUUCCUGGGGAGAUUCUGUCCUCUGCUUUGUACCUCUGUUCGUCAUCUAUGCUUUCAUUGUUGUUGGAAACCUGGUCAUCAUCACAGUAGUCCAGCUGAAUACUCACUUGUACAUGCCCAUGUAUUUAUUUAUCAGUGCCCUUUCUUUCUUGGAGAUUUGGUAUACCACAGCCACCAUCCCAAAGAUGCUCUCUAGUCUGCUUAGUGAGAGGAAGAGCAUUUCCUUAAAUGGCUGUCUGCUGCAGAUGUAUUUCUUCCAUUCCGCAAGCAUCAGCGAGGUUUGUCUGUUGACAGCUACGGCCUUUGACCUCUACCUGGCCAUCUGCAGCCCUCUUCAUUACCCCACCAUCAUGACCCACAAGCUAUGUGCCCAACUGACUUUAAGCUGCUGUGUUUGUGGCUUUAUUAUACCCCUCCCUGAGAUUGCCUGGAUCUCCACACUGCCAUUUUGUGGCUUUGAUCACCUUGAGCACAUCUUUUGUGACUUCCUCCCAGUGCUACGCCUGGCCUGUACAAACACACAAGCCAUCAUCAUGAUUCAAGUAGUAGAUGUUGUCCAUGCAGUGGAGAUUAUUAUAGCUGUGAUGCUCAUUUUCAUGUCUUGUGUUGGUAUUGUGGUUGUGAUUCUACGUAUUCGUUCAGCUGAAGGUCGUCGUAAGGCAUUUUCCACCGUCUCCCACCUCACUGUCUUUUUGCUGUUUUUUGGCAGUGUGGCUGUGAUGUAUCUACGCUUCUCUGCCACCUACUCCUUAUUCUGGGAGACAGCCAUUGCUCUAGGUUUUGCAGUUUUGUCCCCCUUCUUUAACCCUAUUAUCUAUAGCCUGAGGAAUAAAGAGAUAAAAGAAGCUAUAAAGAAGCGCAUGGGUCAGGCUAAAACCUUUUUCCAUAAGACCAGGAAUCUCAAAUGA